AUGAGGACUCUUCUAUUGCUUGGAGGCAUGACACCAGAUGUCACAGCCCUCUACUACAACAUCAUCAACAAAGUCGUUAGAACCAAACUCGGUGAUCGAGCGUCAGCCCCGUUAUAUCUGUACAGCGCCAACCUCGAAGAAAUGAUUCAGCAUGCCAUGAAAGGAGACUGGGACGAGUUCACAAAGGUCUACAAGAAACCAAUUCAAUCCCUCAGCGACAGAGUUGACGGCAUUGCGAUCUGUGCCAUCUUGGCACAAAAGGUCGCCAAAAAGCUAUUCGAUGACUCCUUGGCGGCUCAUGUUCCACUCUUUCACAUCGCGGACUGCCUCGCACUCCAUAUUACCAACAAUCAUCCAUCGAUGAAGAAGCUUGGCCUGCUCGGGCCUAAAAUCUCAAUGCUCGAUUCUGACGAUCCUGAUUUCUUUGUGGCUAUGCUACAAAAGGCUGGCUUUGAGAUUCUGAUCCCGGAAACACCAGAGGAUAUUGAGGAAGUUAAUAGAGGCAUGCUUCAAGAAGUAGCGAAAGGAAUUACUUCUGUGACAGACUCAACAAGAAAGAUGUUCAUCGAACAAGCGAAUAAACUUAUUGACAGAGGAGCUCAAGGAAUUGUACUGGGUAGUACAGAUUUGGGCUUUGUGCUGAGGCAAGAAGAUGUUGGGGAUAUUCCGCUGUUUGAACCAGCUGCCAUUCAUGCGCAGGAGCUAGGAGUAUGGAUUUGUGAAGCAGAGGAUGACGAAUCGCCGUAG